GGGGCGGUGUUGGGGGGAAGAGAGAGAAACGGCGGGGGCGGGACCAAGGCGGGGCUGAGGGAGGGACAGCUCCAGUGGUGAAAGGAGCUUGGCUCCUGGGUAGUCUCCAAGUCUCGAAAGAGGAGCCGGGAUGUAGUGGACCGGACAGUCUGGGCCAGCUGGGAGCUAGCGGUUUGGGGAGGGAGGGAGAGAUUUGUCCGCCCCGUCUGGCCCCGAGACUGAGCCUUUGAGAGGAAGCCCGGGGACUCUUGCGAGCAAACGGUCCCCGUGGGCGCCCCUACCCCGAUCCGGGGGUGUCCGGUAGGAGGAGGGGCUGGGAGAUGAUGGGCCGGGGAGCCCGGCGGGCAUCCUGGUGCUGCCAGGGUCCCCCCGGUGACUAGGGCAGGCGGCUGGUCCAUGGAGGGCCCCUGUAGAGCCUGCUUCUUUUCCACGCUGCCCCCCGGCCGCGCAUGGAGAACUUCAAGAAGGUGCGCACGGAGGAGGCGGACACCGAGGCGGAGAGCCUCGGGCCCUUCGCCGACCUGGCCCCGGGAGCCGUGGAGAUGAAGGUGAAGGAGGGCAGUAAGAUCCGCAACUUGCUGGGCUUCGCCGCGGCGCGCAUGGAGCAGCCGGCCACUCGCACCAUAGUGUUCAGCGGCUGUGGCCGCGCCGUCACCAAGACUGUCACCUGCGUGGAAAUUCUCAAGCGGCGGCUGGCCGGCCUGCACCAGGUCACCCGGCUGCGCUACCGGAGCUUAAGGGAGGUGUGGGAGAGCCGCCCGCCGCCCCCCGGCUGCCCGGGCCCCAGCCUCAGCGUGCACAAGAACGUGCCCGCCGUCUCCAUUCUGCUCUCCAAGGACGCCCUGGAUCCCGGGCAGCCCGGCUACCAGCCCCCAGAGCCCCGGCCCGACGCGCAGAUCUGGGCGCCGGCGCUGGCGCCAGCGCCGCCUGCUGCCCCCGGACUGAAGAGGGGCCCCGGCUCGCCCGCGGCCGAGGAGAGGGCGAGUAAGAGGCUGCAGGGCCGCGAAAGGCCGGGCGCAGAGGGGGAGGGGAGCUGGGACGGAGCCGGCUGAGAACUCUUUGCUGCGGGAGUCACCCUUCUCCUUAAGAUCAGCACGGUGGGCGGGCUCCCCUUUCCUCAAACACAGUUUUUCUGACUCGACCCUCAUCACUGUCCUUUCUCGGACCAUGCCCCGGAAUGACCCUGCACUAUCAGUCGCCUCUCCCUGAAAGGAGAGAGAAAAGCUCUGCGUUUGGAGUGAACCCCUUUCCCCUUCGCCGUCCUAAAUGCGAUCUUCAGAGUGUUGAAAACCAAUUAGCGGAGCCUCGAAACGGCCGCUGCCAGCCUGGAAGCCUGCCUUUAGUCCCUCUGACUUCAGUUCCAGUCUCCCUGCUUCCCGCUCCCUUCUCCGGUGGACCCCCUGGAGUGUCCUGCCGGAAUGCGUGGAAGAUGCCCUCCCUGGGAAAGACACCCUAAUCUCCUGGCGGGGAAAUGCAAUCUGGCCAUCAGGUGUGGGUUCUGCUCCACCACCACGGAGCCAUCCCUACUUCAGACCUAGGGGGAAGGGGAAGGGGGAGGAAAGGGAGUUGUUGCAGGAGUGGUUCUUGUGAAGGUAGAACAGGAAUUCUUGAGAAUCUCGAACAUAGUUGAGGACAUUUCUUCUGUCCCAGGCCGUGUCCCCAUUUGUGUCUGAUCUCAGGGAUGGACUUUGGGCCACCCAACUGACACUCCCAACCCCAUCCGACACUUAAUUCUGUUUCCCGAUACAGUCUCCCUAGACUCAGAAAGAUCCACAAAUCAAUGGGAGAUGAGCUCCUGAGAGGUUCCAAGAGAGAUCUCUUAGUCUGGAUUCUCUAUCUGGGUCUUUUGGGGAGUCAAAGGUAAGGUAGUGGGGGAGAGAGGGGAGAAUCGGAGAUCAGGACAUACUGAAAGGAUGCAUGGAAGAAAUCUGACAGGCAGUCUGACACAUUGGAGGGGAGAAAGGGAUCCAUUCCCCAUCUCCACACUUUUCUUUCUUUAUAGUCUGUUUCCUUUGUAAAGAGAUCCUGAAAUCACACCAUAGGUUUGGAAGGAGAGGCAAGUUCUUUCUAACCCUAGAUUCAGGAUAGGGGAUGAGGGUGGGGGUGGGAGAGAAGAGCAGGAUGAAUGUGUAUUAACUAAUGAAGAGCCAUGGAUUGAGGGAAGAGAAAGGUUAGGUAGAAGGUGGUGUGUUAUGCAGGCUCCCAGGAUCUCCAAGUUUUGUCCAUCCCUAAAAGGAAAAGACAAUCCCUUAACCCAACACAUGUCAUAUCAAAAGCAGAGUUUAUAAAGAGAAAUCUAGAAGCCAGAUUUUUUUUGGGGGGGGUCUCUUUUUCCUGACUAGCCCUGAAGUGUGGAGAGUUAGUGAAAAUCCUUGCUUCAUGCAUCAAGCCCCUACAAAGCUUAGCUGGGAGACACUGAGCUUUGAGAGAGACAUUAGGAGGGAGGGAAGAAGGGGAGGGAGUAUGGGUAGGCAGUUAGAGGAGCUGGGCCCUGAGAAUAAUGUGUGGUAUGGCUGGCUGCAGUAACACCUUCAUCUGGGAGCCCCUUCAAUCACCCCAGAGAGACACUGUCAGUGUUAUUAAUGGUAGCUCCAGUGACUUGUGGCUCCUAGCUCCUUUGGAAUAAAACACAUAAACAAGAAGA